GGACUUCACUGAAAUGAAAGUGAAAGCAAAGAGCCUGCAUAAGAACCGUAAGAAGUGUCUUUCAGGCUCUGCUGGGGAGACCAAAACUCCUCAAAGUGCAAGCAAGACUUUAGUCGCGUUGGACCCUGCCACUUUGUGCCAGCUCUGAAGCCUCAGCCCUUGCUAACUGGACCUUAGACCAUGAUGGCCCUCCAAGCCCUUCAGGAGGAACAGGCCAAACUAAAGACCAGGCUACAGGAGCUGAAAAGGAAGCUCAGGGACAACCCCCAAGACAAGGUCCCAUUCCCAGUGCCUGAGGCCCCCCUGGUGUUCCGAGGAAACAUUCAGCAGGGCAAGGAAACGGUCAAGUCUGUGGUUUCUAACCUGCGGAUCUGUUACCCUCUGCCUGGAGGCUCUGCUCUGGUCACCUUUGAUGACCCCAAUGUGGCCAAGCAGGUGCUGCAGCAAACGGAGCACACGAUCGAUGUGGAAGGGUUCCGACUGCGGGUGCAGGUCCAGCCCUUGGAGCUGCCCAUGCUGACCACCAUCCAGGUGUCCAGCCAGAUGAAUGAACAGAGAGUACUGGUCAGUGGGUUUCCUGCCGGGCUUAAGCUAAGUGAGGAGGAGCUGCUGGACAAGUUGGAGAUCUUCUUUGGCAAGAGCAAGAACGGGGGUGGCGAUGUGGAGACGCGGGAACUGCUGCAAGGCGGUGUCAUGCUGGGCUUCGCUAAGGAUACAGUGGCCCAGCACCUGUGCCAGACGGGCCAGUUCACAGUGCCACUGGGUAAGCAGCAGUUCCCUCUGAGAGUCUCUCCCUACAUGAGUGGAAAGAUUCAGAAGGCUGAGGUCAGGUCCCAGCCAAUGCCCCACUCGGUGCUGGUGCUCAACAUUCCCGAUGUCCUGGAUGGCCCGGAGCUACAAGACGUCCUGGAGAUCCACUUCCAGAAGCCCACCCGUGGGGGCGGGGAAGUGGAAGCCGUGACAGUCAUGCCCCUGGGACAGCAGGGCCUGGCGGUCUUCACUGCCAAGUUGGGCUAGGAGCCUGCCCUGCUCAUCACCCCCGCCCCUCUGCCAAGGUUCUCAAACCAGGCUGGGGUUGGACGCAUACACAGGAGAGAGAGAUCAUGCUGGUCAACGGCAGGAGGGACUAUGAGUUGUGAAACGCUGCCCGAGAACAGUAAAAGCGCCUGCAUUGCAUGAU